UUCUAUCUAGCUCCCUUUUAACCCCUAUUGAUCAUCUUCUCCAAUUUAAUUUUCUAAUUACUCUCAUAAAAAUUUUAAAACAAAGAAGAAGAAAAAAGAAAAACUUGUCUUAUGGAUGAAAUUAUUAUUUCUCCUUCUUCUUCUUCACCAAAUUCAAUUACUACUCUUCAACAAAAGCUUCGACUUAUCCUCCAUAAUCUCCAUGAAUGGUGGGCUUACUCCAUUUUUUGGUUGCCUUCUGAAGAUAUCGAUGGAAAUCUUGUUUUCAAAUGGGGAGGUGGCCAUUUACGUGACGCACAGGACGGCGAUAAUGGCGGUGGUGGGGGCAGUCAGCUCAAUAGUUUCGUGUUCGAAGAAGUUUCCAUGGAUCCAGUGGAAGCUGGCAAUUUUGCCGGUUUAGAAUGGUACUACACGGUAUCCAUCAACCAGUCGUAUGGUGCAGUUGAUAAUGUGGUAGGUCGGGUUUUCGGCUCGAGCACAUACAUAUGGUUGACAGCGGACAACGGCCUCUAUUUUUACGACUGUGAACGAGUAAAAGAUGCACGUUUGCGUGGGGUUCAAACGUUGGUUUUUGUUUCUACAUCCAAUGGGGUUUUGGAAUUGGGUUCUUCUGAGUUGAUUAAACAAGACUGGAGUUUAGUUCAGUGUGCAAAAUCACUUUUUGGUUUUACUCUUUUUAAACAAAAAGAUCAUGUGGGUGUUGGCGGAGGAGGAAUGAUUCAACCACAAGCUCCGUCGUGCUCCGGUGUCAUCAAGAGAGAGACGGGCAAUGGUGGAGGAGGGUCGUCCUCCGAUUCCCUCUCUGAUAACUCUGAUGGAAACUUCAUGUCAACUGUAAAUAACAAUAACGUUGGUAAGAAGAGGGGGAAGAGAUCAGCAAAUAAUAAAACAGAGUUGUCUCCGCUGCCGGUAAACCAUGUGGAAGCUGAACGACAGCGACGACAAAAGCUGAACCAACGAUUCUACGCACUCCGAUCAGUGGUUCCAAAUGUAUCAAAAAUGGACAAAGCUUCAUUACUUGCUGAUGCAGCAGAUUACAUCAGGGAGCUAAAGUCCAAGGUUCAAAAGUUGGAGUCUAAGCUAAAACAACCACAACACCAAACUAGUAGCAGCAUGAGUAAUGCAUUUGAUCAGAUCAACCGAAGCACGAUCUCAACGGUCGAGCAAACAACGAUGAGUUACACAAACAACAACAACAACAACAACGUAGAGGUGCGACUUAUUGGGUCGGAAGCAAUGGUGAGAGUUCAAUGUAGAGAUGAAAAUUACCCAUCAGCAAGGCUUUUGAAUGUGCUAAAAGAUUUGGGACUUCAAGUUCAUCAUGCAAGUUUGUCAAGUGUAAAUGAAAUGAUGCUGCAAGAUGUUGUUGUUAGAGUUCCACAAGUGGUAGCCUGGAGAGAAAAGACCUUAAGAACAGCCAUACUUCAAAGACUUGAAUAAUCUUCAUUAUUGUGCAUGAAAUAAUGUUCCUCCCUUUAUUUUUCGGUUUGUUGUUCUAAGUCGAUACGUCUGCUUGUGUUAAGCUUUAUACGUCCGUACGUAUGUUGUUGAAUUUGUGUUAUAGAUCAUGAUAUUGUUGAAACAACAAGGGAUGUCUUUGCUUAUGUAAUAAUUAUCUUUGUUUAUGUUAUAAUUAAUAUGAUGUUGCGUAUCUCUACUUUCAA